AUGGCAGUAGUUGAGAAUGGAAGACCUAUAGAGAGUGUCAAGGACAGACCCAAUGGGCACGCCAAUGGGCACGCUGUAGGACCGCCUGCACGUCGACCUGCUCACCAACGCUAUCGCAGGAGCUGGACCUCCUGGCUAUUGAGCUCCUCGGCGAGGCUGGCCAUAUGGUACUGCCUCCUCACAGUCCUGUUCAGCUGUCCCUCUUCCCGGACUGCCCUCACCGACACCUCUCCGCGAAUAUGUGGACCGUACCUUUCCGCGAAGGAAUACAUUCAUCCUCAUCUGCAACCAUAUUACGAUGGAUAUGCAGCUCCUUACGUUGCCAAAGCCGAGCCAUACGCACACCUGGUGAAUAGCCGAGUGGUGCGGCCUGCGUCCAAAAUUGCCGUGGUCAACUAUAAGAAAUAUGCCGCUCCCCAGAUCGACACUGCGAAGGCGUACUCUCAAGCGCAAUGGGACAAGACCGUAAUGCCUCAGAUCAACCUGGCGCGAGGAAAUGCCGUCAGAUUCUACGAGAAGAAUAUAGGCCCUCAUGUUGACCAAGCUGUCGCAUUUGCUGAUCCUUACUACACCCCAGCGCGAGAUCAGGCCUACAAAGUGUACCAACAACAUCUUCUUCCAGCAAUGGAAUACUCCCGGCCGCAUCUCCAUAAAGCAUACGAUAUCUGUCAAGACUUCGUGUUGAACACCGCGUAUCCUCUUCUGCGACAUGCUUGGGCGGAUCUGGUCAUAUUCAUGGAUGGCACUUUCUUGCCCUUUGUGAAGGGUCUUUACAUCGACAAUGUCAGGCCUCAGCUCGUCAUGAUCAAUGAGAGGAUUGCCAAGUAUCGGGAGAGCCGCCAGUUGAAGGCCGCCAUGGACGAGGUGGAUAGCACCCAGUCGACCUUCACUGCCUCUUCCACUCCCGGUGCAACCACCGGCAUAAUGGAUGAUGUGUAUGCUAUGUUUGAAUCGGAAGACGAAGCAGAAUCCUCCUCUACGACCAAGACCCACGAAGCUCAACCGACUGUUCAAGAACGUGCCAAACGGCCCAUUGAACAUGCCACGGAAGAACAAAUUACUGAAGAUCUUCAGAGCUGGCAAAAGAAAUUUGCUGUUGCCGCUGACAAGGGUAGCGAUGACCUUCGAGAACGAGUCACCUCCAUCGUCAACAGUCUUGUCAAGAGCGACAUUGACGGAGUUGGUCGAGGUCUGGCCAGGGCUUUGGAGAAGACCGCGGAAAAUGAGUUGGAGAAUGUCAAAACGAAGAUAAAGUCCACCGUUGCUUCCAUUCCUGACGAUGCAAGUGCAGAGACAGUUAAAAAGGCAGCAGAAGACAUUCUCGGAUCUAUCAGAUCUUCAGGCGCAGAGAUCAAGCAACGUGCCCAGAAUGUCCGCAACUGGGCCAAGAACUUUGAACAAGGGUUGAUACAAAGACUCGAGGCUGCCUCCGCGUCUACUCUAGAAGUCUUGGACGGGAUAAAAGACAUCGGGCUCCAAGAAGUCGGAAUGCGCUGGGCUUGGAUGGAAGGGGUCACCUACAAACACUGGGAGAAGUUUCACGAGGUCCGAAAGACGCUCGAUGAAUGGAAAAUCGAGGUCCAAGACGUUGCCAUGAAGAGUCCAGAGGCGGAAGAAGCAAUUGCCACGGCUCGACAAAUCCUGGAAGAAAGCAUGGCAAUCACCGAAGAUGCAGCGAAAGAACUAGUUAGGCUCAAGAGUGUUGCUCAGUGGAAGUUGAAAGCCCGCGAUUCCUCGGAUGAUUUCGAAACUCGAAGUUUGCCGGCAGAAGUCGUUUCAGCUGCUUCCAGCCUAGUCGCUGAGCUUCAAGGCGCACCCUCAGCAGCUGUGGAAUCCGCCAGCUCCCUCCUGGCGCAGGGCAGCGACGCUGCUACCGAAGCGGUGUCGUCCGCAUCAUCUGCGGCGGUGGGCACCAGUACUGGCACAGUGGAGUCCGCGACGUCCAAAGCCGAGGAGGCUGCAGGUUAUGCAUUUUCUUCAGUCUCAUCACUUUUGGAAUCUUCUAUAGCGGUGCCUGUUGAAUCACUCGAGUCUGAUAUCAGCGCCACGGCUGGAGAAGCGUACGGGUCUGCAUCUUCGGCUGUCAUUGGAAGCACCCCUGGGACUGCCGAGUCCAUCCUUUCUGACGCCGCGGAGACUGGUUCAGGCUUCCCGGAAGGUGUGAGCGAGUCGGCGAGCUCGGCAUCAUCGUGGGUCGAAUCCAUUGCUUCACCAUCAACAGAUGAGCUCUCCUCAGCAAGCACUGCCGCUGAGGAUAUUGCCAGCUCAGUUUCGUCCGCUGCAGAUUCAGCAACCACUAGAGUGUCGAAAAUCUUUGGAGGUGCUAUGGCUGCAGAGGUGAAGGGUUCCAUACCUAUCCUGGACGAUAUGUUUGACAACAACGAGGAGUCGACAUUCUCUGAAAAUGUCCAGAGCGUGAUCAACCAAGCUGGCGAUCGCUAUGCAGAGGUUACUCGCGCGGUAUCUGAAGCCAUGUUCGGAACAUCCCAAGGCACAGUGGAAAGCCUCACAUCUGUCGCGAGUGAGCAGUAUUCCAGCGCUCUAUCUGCAGCUUCCAAUGUCUUGUAUGGCACGCCUACUGGCACGGCUGAAAGCGUCGCAAGCGCCGCAUCUGAAAAGUACGAGCAAGCUGUGGCGGCUGCGAGCUCAAUCAUCUUCGGGACACCGACCCCAGUCACCGAGUCAUUGCUUCAACAAGCCAGCUCCCUCUACAGCGAGGCUGUUAGCAGGGCGGAGGACAAUUACAACGCCGCAAAGUCGAUUGCUUCCCAGCAAAUAUCUGGCACUCCGAAACCUGUUCAUGAGCAAAUGUUCUCUUCAAUUGAGUCGGCCUAUUCUGGUGCUGUGGCUGCCGCGAGCGAUAGACUUGAAUCUGCUCGAAGUUUAACCUCGAGUGCGCUUCCCCAGACCAAUCCUCUCGAAUCUGUGUCGUCGAUGGCAUCGUCAAUUUUGCAAGACUCUCUGGCUGCAGCUUCGGCUCAAUACUCGAAGGCGAAGGUUGCUGUUGGGGCCACUCCUACACCUGCUCACGCAAGAUAUCUCCAAGAGGCAAGGAAGAACUAUUAUGCUGCGGUUGGAAUGGCGCACGAGCAGUAUGAUGACUUUGUAGCAGCGGCUUCGAGUGCGAUCUAUGGGACACCAACUCCUGCAUUGAGCAGCAUGUCAAGCGCCGUAUCGGUUGGAAUUUAUGGAACGCCGGUGCCUGCAUACCAAAGCCUCCUUGACGCGGCCGCUUCUCAAUAUUCGGCAGCCUCUUCGGCAGCCGCUUCCAACCUGGACUCGUUCAGCUCAUCCUCGGGCACAACUGUUCAGAGCCUAUGGGAUGAAGCCGUGGCAGCUUAUUCCAGUGCUAUUGACGCCGCCUCGUCUUCGCUGUCUUCGGCAUCCUAUGCUGCGAGCACUGCUGUCUACGGCACUCCUGCGCCAUACUAUCAGACCGCUCUCGAAGCAGCAUCGUCACAGUAUGAGAUUGCUUCCUCGGCAGCUGCUUCCCAAAUGUCAGAAAUGCUCGAGUCGGCCUCCUCUGCGCUUGGCAAGAAAGAGACCUCUCCCGCACAAAGCGUUCUUGAUUCCAUCUCGUCACAAUAUGAGGCAGCCAUUUCUGCUGCUUCUUCAUCCCUUUCCGCAGCCGGCUAUGCGGCGAGCACCGCCAUCUACGGCACUCCUGCUCCAUACUACCAAAGUGCUUUGGAUGCGGCAUCAUCUCAAUACGGUGCGGCAUCCUCAGCCGCUGCCUCUCAAAUGUCCGCGUUGCUAGACUCGGCCUCCUCGGCCGUGGGCAAAAAGAAGACAUCCCCGGCGCAGAGUAUACUAAAUUCUAUCUCUUCGCAAUAUGAUGCUGCCAUCGCUGCCGCGUCUUCAUCUCUCUCUGCGGCUAGCUACUCGGCAAGCACAGCCGUCUACGGUGCUCCAACGGGUUCUGUUGAAUCAAUUUCCAGCGUGGCAUCUGAAAACUGGCAAGCUCUCAUCGCCAAGGCCAGCGAACAAAUUUACAGCACGCCGAAGCCUUUCUACGAAGAUUUUGCUACCCAAGCUGGAGAAUAUUCCGCUCAGGUGACGGACUUUGCGAACGAUCAAUAUGUCGUCAUCCAAUCCUAUGUCUCAGAGCUCAUAGUUGGCAAGGAGCCCGACUUCACUGAGUCAGUCAUGAGUCGCCUCAGCUCCGCCUACUAUACGGGCUACAGCUCGGCUUCCAGCUUGGCGAGCGAAGCGUACGACUCCGCGUCAUCCAUGGCCUCUUCUGCCUCGUCCGUUGCCGCAUCCUAUUUCACCCCUCCCCCCGAGGUCUCCUCCAUUUUGGAUUCAGUGACAGGACAACUGAAUGCCGCUGUCGACGCAGCCAGUGCACAGAUUUACGGCACACCAAAGGGAACCAUCGAGCAGGCAACUUCUGCUGUUGCCGACAGUUACUCCUCCGCGAGCGCGGCAGUGAGUGAAGCUAUCUAUGGCACUCCCGUUGGCUACGUGGAGGCCGCGUCGUCCUCAUUUGCAGACUUGGCAAAGAGCGCCCAGGAUGCUGUGAGCGUCGCCAUCUACGGAACGCCCACAGGUACAGCUGAGUCUUUGACCAGCGCUGCGGCUGACACAUACGCGUCUGCAUCAUCCAUUGUGUCCGAGAACGCCGCGGCGGCGGCUUCUGCAAUAAGCGAUACUGUCGAGAGCCUUACCGCCAAGGUCUCGACAGCGAUCUAUGGACCCGAACAGAGUUACACGGAAAGCAUCAACUCACAGAUCCUCGAAGCUGUGGCCAGUGCCAAUAGCAGGAUUGCCGCCAUGGCAAGUGGAGUCGGUGAAGGGGCGACGGGCGUGGCGAGUGCCGUGAGUGAAAGCGUGGAGAGCAUAGCCAGCGCAGUGAGUGAGUCGGCGAGCAGCGCGACAAAGUACGUCAAGGACGAGUUGUGA